AUGAUGAUCUUUCUCGAAGGUGUACUCAUUCACUGGAGGUCCAAGCUACAGAAGGUCGUAGCAUUGUCGAGUUCCGAAGCUGAGUUCUACGCGUGUGGCGAAGCAGUGCGAGAAGUCCCGUUCAUCGCGCAGAUUCUGAAGUUCCUACAGAUCAACGUGGAACUACCUGUGCAAGUGAAGAUCGAUAACGUAGGUGCUAUCUUUAUGUCAGAGAACAAGACAAGUGCAAGUCGAACAAGGCAUAUGGAUACGAGGUGGCACUACGUGAACCAAAUGCAGCAGGACGGCCUAGUGAAGAUUGAUUUCGUUCGCUCGGAAGACAACGUGAGCGACAUUGGAACCAAGAAUGUCAACGUCGAGACCCUCGACAGACAUGCACCGAAACUAACAGGAGACAAGGAGCAAUUGGUUUGA